AUGGCGUCCUCCUCGGUAGCAGAGCUUCAACAGAAGCUUUUCAAGAGGAUUGGCAUCGAUACGCCAGCUCCUGCCAGGUCGCAGCGGGGGGCGGCAAGAGGUGGCAAAAGACCAACCACGAGGAAAGACCAGCGAAGAGCCCAAAGAGUGGAAAAGAGGUCGAACAGAUACGGUGGGCGACAUGCCUCGGAAAGCCGAAUCCAAGGCGAUAGAAACCCGCCAGCUCGGUUACCCACGAAACAAACAGUCUUUUCGCGACCGCCAACCCCGAAGUCCAUAGCCAAGAAAUUUCCUUGGGUACCAGACGAUGAUAGUGUGUCCGAGAACACGAGCGACGGCGCGGACGAUUUGGGCCUAGGCGAAAGCGGCGACUUUGACGACCCCGACCACGCAAUCGCCGCUGACAACGAGCCAAAGUUGAAAAAAAAGAUUUCAAAGUCAAUGCAAGAAAAGUUUGACCAAGAUGACGCUGAGAUUGAAGCGUUUGAGCGGAAAUUAGGCCUCAAAAAGGGGCGCAAGUCUCUGCCACAGUCUUUCAAAGAGGAUGGCCUUGGAGAAUUGUUGGGUGAUGUCGAAGCAGCCGGCUCCGAGAACGACGGGGAUGCGGACGAGCAAAAGCGGAAGCGUGACUAUGAUGACUGGCUCUCUUCUAAAAGAAGGAAAACGAUCAUUGGCGCUCCCUCAAUAAGAAAGCCUACGAAUCAGCAAAGCGAAUAUGACGACGACGAUGUGGCGGACGAUUUAGACUCUGAUUCGGACCUGCUUAUGCCAUAUGAUGUUAGCAUGGGCGAGAACGAGGAAGGCGGCUCCCCCGAAGACGACUCGUUUGCAGGGUUCGACUCUGAUGGCUCCGGAGAAGGAGAAGAAGAAGAAGAGGAGGAGGAGGAGGAGGAGCAGGAGGAGGCGAAAGGAGAAGAGCAUUCGACUGUUGCGCGUAAGAAGGAGAACCCCUAUGUCGCGCCGACCACCGGAAACGUUGUUGCAAGAUAUGUGCCCCCAUCACUUCGGAAGGCCGCUGGCACAGAAUCCGAGCAAAGGGCUAGGCUGCAGAAGAACGUUCAAGGUCUGGUCAACCGAUUGACUGAUGCCAACAUCCUCUCCAUCGUUCAAUCUAUCGAGGAACUCUACCAGAAAAAUGCUCGAGGAGAAGUCACGGAAAUCAUUACCGAUAUUGUACUGGCACAAAUUUACAAGCCUGAGCUUCUUCCAGACCAGUUCUUUGUGCUGACUGGUGGAUUUACUGCCGCAAUCUAUAAAAUUAUUGGCUCUAGUUUUGGCUCCCAUCUGCUCCGCCGUCUUGUUGAAGACCUUGCGCGGGACUACAGAAAGGCAGGCCAUGGUGAUGCCGAUACUAGACGAGAAGCUUCGAAUUUGGUGAACUUCUUGACUCAGCUCUACGUCUUCGAAGUUGUCAGCUGCAAAAUCAUAUUUGACUACAUGGAGAGAUUUCUGACCGAGCUUUCAGAGGUCAAUGUUGAGCUCCUCCUGCGUAUUUGCCGCAUGGCAGGUCGCAUGUUGCGAAGAGACGAUGCGCAAGCCUUGAAGCAUAUUGCCAGUGUGCUUAAUACCAACAUGUCCAAUGGUGGAUACGAGAAUGUGUCGGUGAGAACAAAGUUCAUGGUGGAAACUAUCAACGAUCUGAAAAACAGCAAGCCCAAAGGAAAGGGACUAGACUCGGCUGUCGUCUCAGAGCAUGUUGUUCGGAUGAAGAAACGUAUUGGCGAACUCAAGUCACAGUCUCGUAGACUUGACGGAUUGGCCCCCAUGGGUAUGAGCCUACGUGAUAUCGAGGGCGCCGAUACUGAUGGUAAAUGGUGGCUUGUUGGAGCCAGUGUUCCGGUCAAAACAAAGGAUUUGAUGGCAAAGGAGACAGAAGAGGAAUCAGACCAGUCCAUGACAGACGAUGAAGACAUGGACUUUGUGCUCCCAGACUAUCCACAAAAGGCUCGUUCACAGGGAUUCGGCACAACGGCCCAGAUAGCAAUCUUCACGGCCCUCAUGUCCGCCACCAACUUUGAGCAUGGCUAUCGGCAAUUUGUUAAUCUUAAGCUCAAGAAGGACGACCAGCUCGAGAUUGCUCGCGUUCUUGUCCAAUGCGUUGGUAGCGAGGUGGAGUACACCGAAUUCUACGCAUUGGUAGCAAAUCAAGCUUGUUCUAACAAUAAGCUCCGAUUUGCUUUCCAAGAUAGGCUCUGGAAAAUCUUCCGCGGCCUCGGCGAGUCCAUGUUUGGGGAUGAUGCAGACGAUGAGGAGACGGCGGAUAGUGAGCGAAUGAAAGAUCCGCGGCGGUUAGCCAACGUGGCCCGAUUCUACGCAUCUUUGGUUGCUGACGGCGCUCUGGGCAUUGCCAUUAUGAAGCCUCUGGAGCUACCUGAAGUCAAUAACUGGACGGCCGACUUUGUCGAGUACUUCCUGGUACAGCUGCUCGCUUAUUGCAAGGGGGAGAAAAGCAGCGACGAGGAUGUCAAGGUGGAAAAGAUCUUUGGAGCCGCGAGGCAAUUGCCGGCCGUUGCCGCCGGGCUGCAUUGGUUCUUGCGGAAAAAAGUGCGCAAAUCAAAACUAAAGGAAGCCAAGAAAAUGGAUCGCGUUCGGGAAAAGGCGCAGACUGCAGUUCAGGCGGUCGAAGUGGCGUAG